ACGACCAUUAAUCAAACCACAGCAUUCGCGUGCUUUCCAUAUCCCAGCCACGUGCUUGGGAUCGUCUGCUUGUAUGUUAAUGGAUUUUUCAUGCAGCUACAUUGUUGCCAACUUUCAACGUGUGAGUAGAUCUAGGGAUGUUAUAGACACGAAAUCUGGGUGUAAUUGUUCUUAACGACAAAUUUAUUUUGUUUCAUCGAUGAACAAUCUGAAUUUUGUUUCUGUUCUUUUAACAAAGGAGAGUCGCAAUUUCUAUAGGAAGUUUGCUGUCUUGGAAAGCUCUUAGGGAAUCGUGAUAUGUAUAGAUUUAAGCCGUGUCUACAUCGACGCAUGAUAUAGGCCUAUAUGUGAUGUUUUAUAAUUUCAUUAUGUUAUUCUAACACUUCAGAAAAAAAUAAGCUCUAGUGAUAAUGUAAACACUGGCAGGUAAACAUUUCUAUUCUUCUGUUGUAUUAACUCUUUCUCUCCAUAAUUAUUUACCACAUUCUGGUGGAAUCAACGUUGGUAUCGUUAGUUAGGAGAGAAAGAGUUAAAGAUGUUUAGAACGAAAAGAAAGUUGAGAAAAAGAGAACUUUUUAUACCAAGUUUGAUUGUAUUAUCACUUAUUCGAAUUGAGGAAGUUGGCACUAUCCAGCCCGUGCCUGGCCUCUCUGGAAGAGCAUAUAAAGAUCUUGGAGACGUUAACUUAGGCGUCUUCUUCGCCAUUACCAAAUACGACCCGCAACACUUGUGCGGGGACGAGCUUCGCUUUCCCUUAUUGCAGCAGUACAUCGAGGCCAUAGUGUACGCUGUGGAUGAGAUCAACAGGUCGCCGGCCCUGCUGCCGAACAUCACUCUGGGCUAUGCCAUCGUGGAUGACUGCGUGAAGGAGUCAGCAGCCGUGGCGCAAGCUCUGCGGUUCUUGCCUCGCAGGAACUGCACCACCAUGGAAAUUAACGACAACUCUGACCAGUACGAUGUGGUCGGCGUCAUUGGACCGGAGAGGAGCGACAACAGCCUGGCGGUGUCUUUGGUGCUGGGGCCCGUCAAAAUCCCCCAGAUAAGCUUCUUGUCGUCCAGCGAUGAGCUUUCCAACAAAGAUCUGCAUUCGUAUUUCCUACGAAUGAUCCCACCUGAUAGGCAGCAAGUGGACGCCAUUUUGACCUUCAUUCAAGCCCAGAAAUGGACCUACGUCAGCAUUAUAUUCUCGGCAGGGAGUUACGGCGAGUCUGCAUAUUUACGAUUCAAACAAAGAGCCGAGGCGUUCGGCAUUUGCUUGGCCGUGCACCGCAAGACAACCUUGGUCAUGACUUCCGAAGAGUACGUAGAGAUCAUCGAGGAGCUCCUCCAGAAAUCUAAAGCUAGAGUUGUCGUGGCUUUCAUCGGGGGAGAGGAAAUGGUGAGACUUUUCCAACAGGCUCACUCGAUGAACGUUUCCAAACAGUUUAUCUGGAUCGGAAGCGAUGGUUGGUCUGAAAGAUUGACCAUUUUACCGAUCGAAUACCAACCUUCUGUUUACGGUUCCUUCUCUUUCCAAGUCUCUGCAAGGGAACACUCGCGGUUCAAUGAUUAUUUUGACAGCCUGAGACCAAACUGCACCAAAAAUCCUUGGUUUCAAGAAUUCUGGGAGUGGGCGUUUGAUUGCUCUUUCAAACGAAGGACAUGCGACGAUUCCCAGAGAAUCAGCCAAAGCUCCAAGUUCUACAGACUUGGACUUAUCAGUAAAGCGAUUGAUACGGUGUACGUGUACGGACAUGCGAUGCACAAUCUCAUUGCCGACAAAUGUCCCCAAGCCACUGGUGAGGAAGCUUCAGAGUGUAUAAAGAAAACAGGAUUGUUGGACUAUUUGAGAAAUGUAUCUUUUGAAGGAUCUUCAGGAUACAUCCAGUUUGACGACAAUUACAACCUGAAAGGCUAUUACGAAGUCAGACAAAAUCUGCCAGGGAAUCCUCUAAACUUAAAACCAGUAUGCCGCAUUGACCUCGACAACGACACCAGCAUCAGUGUUCUCAGCAAUUACACGUGGGAAUACGUCAGCUACGCUGGCUGGCCAAACGUGCCUCCAGAGUCCGUUUGCAGUCCACCUUGCGGCGUCAAUGAGUAUAAGGUCCCCGACCUGGUCAAGUGCUGCUGGGAUUGCAGGGAGUGCCGAAAGAACGAGAUCGUGUUCCAGAACGGCUCGUCCUGCCAGGUCUGCCCGAAGUUCAACUGGCCCGAUCCCCUGGCCAACUUCACCCGCUGCUCCCUCAUUGAGCCCACGUCACUGCUCUACACCAAAGGCGUGGUCAUCUUCGAGAUGGCCGCCAUCGCGCUGGGCUUGGUCACCACUGUCUUCGUUCUGAUCGCGUUCAUCUACUACAAGGAGGCCAGCAUCAUCAAGGCUGCGAGUCGCGAGCUCAGUUUUCUCCAGCUCAUUGCCAUCAUGCUUGGCUUCGUGACGAUCCUCCUCUACGUUCUACCGCCAACAGAUCAGAUUUGUUCCGUGGCUUAUUGCCUCUUCUGCUUCUCAUUGAACUUGCUGCACGCGCCACUCUUGGUCAAGGCCAUUCGGAUCUACAGAAUUUUUCUGGCGCCUUCAAAAUGUGCCAGAGGUCUUAGGUUUAUUAGUCCGUUCUCCCAAGUGGUCAUUUCAUGCCUAAUAGUACUUGGUCAGGUUAUCAUUGUUUCCAUUGUCACAACUCUACAGAAGCCUCGAGCCAUGAAGAAUCAGCUGAGUCUUCUAGAGCGCGAGGUGGAGCUCUCCUGCCACAUGUCCCCGGCCAUGCUCGUGUCGUUCCUCAGCUACAACCUCACCAUCGUCCUGCUCAGCUCCGUGUUCGCCUUCAAGACCAGGAUGGUCCCCGACAACUUCAACGAGUCCCGCUUCAUUUCCGUGUGCGUCACCACCACGCUGGUAGUCUGGGUAGCCUUCAUCCCGACCUACAUCCACUCUGCUAAGCAAUACCUCAAGACCCUGCUGCUGACCCUGGCGCUUCUGAUGAACCACUCCCUGGCCUUGACCUUCCUGUUUCUGUCCAAACUGUUCGCCAUCUUGUACUACAAUAAAUCGACGGCGGCUGUAAAUCCAGCGGAGGCGUCUCCUGCGCCGAGGUUCAAACUCAGCCUUCAGCACAGCGCCAGUUAUGUUUUACCGUAUGCCACCACCAAUGGACAGGUCUAAUAAACUAGGCUGUUUUUUAACGAGGGUCAUCGUGAUCUGGCCUAAUUCUCCUAUUUUUUACCUAGACAGAACAAGAAAGACACACCAAAUUAACACUUAUAAUGUAAGCUCUAUGUCGACCAAUUGUUUCCGUACAUGAAAUUAUGCCCGGGCAGUGUCAAAUUGUGUAUAAUAAGUGUAUAAUAUAUUGGGAAUUGGCCCGCAGGGGCAUACAUCAGCAGGCAACUAAUUGCAGGUGUAAAAGAAAAGAAAAGCCCCAUCCAGCAAACUCUCUGCUG